CAGAUCAUUAAAAAGUCGAUCUACGUAUCCCUGAUGAAAAAGAAUAAUAAAUGUUUUUACAAACAAUUAAUUCGUUGUUAUUCGCGUUAUUCGUUUAGUUUAUUAAUUAAGUGUAAUCGCUGUUAAACAAUAAUACAAAAACACCACAUAAACAAAGUCAACACACACAAACAACAAAAAUGAGUGUAUCCGAGACAAAUAAUAGCAGCUCAACUGCAACUCCAGCAAAUUAUACACCAGCAACAUCUAAAAGGCAAUUAUCCAGAUUUCAUCCUUACCAUGGCAACAACAUAAUCUUAUGUGAAGAUAACACAGUGGCCUUUCGAAAGACCAGCUUUGCCGAUGCUGUUACAUUUUCCGAAAAACCAUUGCAAAUGGGUGAAAUAUUCCUCGUUGAAAUUGAGAAAAACGAAAGAGGUUGGUCGGGCCAUAUGCGUUUGGGCCUAACACAGCUGCUCCCGGAUGUGUUGGGAUCAAUGGAAUCUGGUUUGCCACAAUUUGCCCUACCCGAUUUGGCGAAUUUAGGUACCUGUUGGAUAUUUCCCAUAUCGAAAUUUGAAUCUCACACACUGACACCACGUUCAAAUGCCGGUGAUGGCGGUGGAGGAGGUGGUGAUACGACAAACGAUGGACAACCCUCUACAAGUUCAGCGGGAGCGACAAAAAGUAGUAUCUUAGGUGAAUCAAUGUAUGUGCGUACACCCCGUGGCAUGAUACCGAAACGUUUACUGAGACCAACAGCAGCUGAUGGUAUAUUGCUGACAGACAAAGGAUCACGCAUUGGUGUUGUAUUUAUACCCACCGAAAAUGAUAAAACUAAAGGUGAAAUGCACUUUAUUAUCAAUGGGGUGGAUCAGGGCCCUUGUACUCGAGACAUACCAUUGGAUAAGGCACCACCGCUGCAUGUGGUCAUCGAUGUGUAUGGUACAACAAAACAAAUACGUAUCAUACAGCUGUAUGGCAUUGUUUCCUUACAAAAUGCUUGCCGUGAUGCUAUUCUAUUGAAUAUGAAACCACAAAAUAUUGACAAAUUACCAUUGCCAGAACGUUUGAAGAAUUUCCUUAAAGGUCAAGAUUAAAGUUUAAUAUUAGAACAUUUACUCAAAAAAAAAAAAAAAAAACUAACACAAAAGCAAACAAAUUUGUAUUACUAACACAAGCAGAAAACAACAAAAACAAUGCAAAAUAACUAUAUUGUUAGAGACAACAAAAAAAUCCUUGAUGAUGAUACUGGUGGUAUAAUAUGAAAUUAUAAAUUUCCUUAUUAUUUGAUGAAUAAAAAGUUAAUCCUUUUUUAUAUAUAAAAUCCUAUAUUGUAAUAAGAACAAUUUUCCCACUUCCUUUUAUUCUAUACUUAAUACAUUCUCAGACUUAUUAUAAUUCGCACAAACAACAAUUCUAAAUAGAAUUACAUUAAGUUUAAUUUAAUAUACAAACAUACAGCAAGAGCCAAGCAUUUGUAUAAUCACAAUUGAAAAAUUGUAUAUAAUAUUUUAUUAUUAUAAUUUUUUUUAGAAAUUAAAACAAAAUUUCACACGAAAAAUGAAAUAAAAUAUCACAUGUUUUCUUCCGUUUGAAAAUGAAAUCUUUAUUAUAACCUGGCUAGGAAUGACUUAUGAAGCAAAACAGGAUUAAAAACAAAAAGACUCAACAUCAGCUAUUACAGAUACUGAAACAAAUUUAUAUGUAGGAGGCUCUUGUGUCAGAAGAGAAUGUUGUACGGUACAAUGUGCUUAGCUACCAUGGCUUUGGUAUUUUUUCUGUUCAAACAAAUAAUGUAAAUGCAGGCAUUGCAUGUUGCAAAAUUCAAUUAAGACGGCAUUGAUUUAAUUAGAAAUAAUUAAUACCAGAAUAGAAAAAAUUACAGUGGAAGCAGACAGCCAGACCAUUUGUUUUGUUAUAGACCAUUAACACCAUUACCUUAUACCCAUACACAUAUACAUGUGCAGUCAACACCAUUGAGUGCAGUGUUUACAAAAAAAAACCGAAAUCAAAUUUGCAAAAUAAACAACAAAAAAAUAAAAUGUUACCUUUAUUGAUAAGAAAUUUAUAAUGCAUAACAAAAGAAAAACAAAAAUUACAUAUUAUCCUAUUAAAAGUUUAUUAUUAUUGCCAAUUAUAUAUAUUUAUAUAUUAUGAAUAUAUUAUUUAGACAAUCCUCUUAUGUUCUACGUGUAUUGUUUAACAAUCCAUCUUUAUUUAAAAAUAUUUUAAAUAAACGUUUUUUCUACGUAUUCUUAAGGCCAAUUGUA